AUGAGGAGAAUGGAGGAAGCAAUAGAGGUCAGUAGAGGCUAUCAGAUCAUUUUCCUCUGCUGGUAUACUCUGAUCAGAUACAAUAGGGAACUAGACCGAGUUGCUUUAUGGACUGCUGGUGGCAAUGGAACGAAGCGGCAAGCCAAAGUAUUAAAUAUGGCUUCUUGUUCUCUAAUUCCUUCUACCUCUUCUUUGGCUUCAUCUUCCGUACGCAAGUUAUUUACCUCGAGAAACUCCAUGGCUACUGUGGGUUUUCUCUCUUUUGCACCAAAAACUUCAAGCUUUAUCCUUCUCUCUGUCAAGCAAAGGGCUUAUCAUAAAAGUCCAUUUAGAGUGAGGUCAGUGGCUGCUCCAGUAGAAGAUGUUGCUGGAUUUGAUGGUAUGAUUGCUGGGACACAGCGGAAGUAUUACAUGCUUGGUGGAAAGGGAGGUGUCGGAAAGACAAGCUGUGCUGCUUCACUUGCUGUGAAAUUUGCAAACAGUGGACACCCCACGUUAGUGGUUUCAACUGAUCCAGCGCACUCCUUGAGUGAUUCGUUUGCUCAGGAUUUGACCGGAGGUACACUAGUACCUGUUGAAGGACCUGAAAACCCACUAUUUGCCCUUGAGAUAAAUCCUGAGAAGGCUCGGGAAGAAUUUCGUAGUGCGACUCAAAAAAAUGGUGGAACCGGGGUUAAAGACUUCAUGGAAGGCAUGGGCCUUGGAAUGCUCGUUGAACAGUUAGGAGAGUUGAAAUUGGGAGAGCUACUGGACACACCUCCCCCUGGUUUGGAUGAAGCUUUAGCAAUUGCCAAAGUGAUGCAGUUUCUUGAAUCACAGGAAUAUAGUAUGUUUACUCGAAUAGUUUUUGAUACUGCACCCACGGGCCAUACAUUGCGACUUUUGUCCUUGCCAGACUUCCUGGAUGCAUCCAUUGGGAAGAUAUUGAAGCUUAGACAAAAAAUAACUUCAGCAACCUCAGCUAUCAAAUCCGUUUUUGGCCAAGAGCAAACUAGCCAACAGGAUUCUGCUGACAAAUUGGAGCGAUUGAGGGAGAGGAUGGUAAAAGUGCGUGAGCUUUUUCGUGACACAGAUUCCACAGAGUUUGUCAUAGUAACAAUUCCCACGGUAAUGGCAAUUAGUGAAUCAUCCAGAUUGCUUGCAUCCUUAAAGAAGGAGAAUGUUCCUGUUAAGAAGCUUGUUGUCAAUCAAAUUCUCCCUGCAUCUGCCACUGACUGCAAGUUUUGUGCAAUGAAAAGGAAGGAUCAAUCGCGUGCUCUUGACAUGAUACAGAAUGAUCCAGAACUCUCAAGCUUGGCGUUGAUAGAGGGACCUUUAGUUGACGUAGAGAUUAGAGGUGUUCCAGCUCUUAAAUUUCUAGGGGAUAUUAUAUGGAAAUAA